AUGACAUUGAAGGAGGAAUUCGCGACCCGCAACUUCAGCAUCUACGGACAAUGGCUGGGGGUUCUGAGCAUGAUUCUGUGCUUUGCUUUGGGCAUUGCAAACAUCUUCACCUUUAGGUUGCUGCUCAUCAUCUUCAGCGUCAUCUGCUUAGUCUCGUCCUUCGUCAUCCUUUUCAUUGAGGUACCGCUGCUGCUCCGAAUCUGCCCUACCUCAUCCACAUUCGACGAUGCGAUCCGCAAGGUUUCGACCAACUACAUGCGCGCGGCCGCCUACCUAGUCAUGGGCGUCGUGCAGUGGCUGUCGCUCCUCGGAGGUGCAUCUUCGCUCAUCGCCGCCGCCGUGUUCCUUACGCUCACUGCCAUCUGCUACGCUCUUGCUGGCGUCAAGGGACAGGCGUUUGUUGGCAGCAAGACUCUGGGUGGCUCGGGUGUUGCGCAGAUGAUUGUAUGA